UACAAUUAUAAUAAACAGUCGUAAUAACUACAGCAAUAGUUUUUCCAUAAACCAUGGCUUUCGCUGCGCGAUUACCAUUAAUAAUGAAGCUGGGAGUACAAUCGAGAUUAUUUCGCGUCACUACCACAAGACAUGGCAGUAUAGUGUCUUUCAAACUUUCGGAUAUUGGAGAAGGAAUUCGUGAAGUUACACUCAAGGAAUGGUUCGUUCAACCAGGUGAUAAAGUUGCUCAGUUUGAUGAAAUCUGUGAGGUGCAAAGCGACAAGGCAUCGGUAACAAUAACGAGUAGAUACGAUGGCCAUAUAAAAACACUUCACUGCAAGGUUGAUGAGGUUGCAUUCGUAGGUGAUGCCCUGGUAGACAUUGAGCUCGAGAAUGAUGACCCGAAAGGCAUUAAAGAAGACUGUAAAUCUAGUCAAGUAUCUCAGCAACGGGAUGACGAAAUUGUCGGUGAUUAUUAUGAUAAAAACGCCAAGGUUUUAACGACACCGGCUGUUAGAAGAAUUGCGGCUGAGAAUAAUGUGAAAUUGGAGGAGAUUUCUCCUACUGGAAAAGCCGGAAGAAUUCUCAAAGAGGACAUUCUCACAUUUUUAGAAAAACAGAAAGGAAAUGAUGGAGAGAAGACAGCUAAAGUUGGUCGAGUGCCUGCAGACGACGAAAAGGGAAGAAAUCUCGAUGAGGAUGAAGAAAUUGUUUCAUUGAAGGGAUAUCAGAAGCACAUGUGGAAGACUAUGACACAAUCACUUAGUAUUCCACAUUUUGUUUACUCCGACGAAUGUGACAUUACAAAGCUCUUAGAAAUACGAAAUGACGUCAAAGAUUUGGUAAAAUCAGAGGGUCUGUCACUUACACUUAUGCCAUUCUUCAUAAAAGCAGCGUCAAAAGCUCUGGAGAAAUUUCCACAAUUGAACGCCUGGUUGGACGUAGACAACCAGAACUUAAAAGUCUUUAGACGUCACAACAUCAGUGUAGCUAUGGCCACACCCGCGGGUCUCGUUGUGCCGAAUAUAAAGAAUGUACAAGAACUUUCCAUCACGCAAAUCGCAAGGGAAUUGAAUAGACUGCAGGACCUAGGGAAAAAAGCUUCAUUGCCCUUGUCUGAUCUAGCUGGAGGGACUUUUUCGCUUUCUAAUAUUGGAGUGGUCGGUGGCACGUACGCAAAGCCCGUUAUUCUCCUUCCACAAAUUGUUAUUGGAGCCAUUGGGAGAGUCCAAAAAUUGCCUCGUUUUGACGCCGAUGGAAAUAUAAAAGCUGCGAACAUUAUUGUCCUCAAUUGGUCAGCUGAUCAUAGAGUCGUCGAUGGCGUAACAAUAGCCCACUUCUCAAAUCUGUGGAAACACUACGCAGAAAAUCCUUCUCAUCUUCUCAUUUAGACUAAGGAAUUACUGCGAAAAAAAUACACAAUAUUUUCAAUGAUA